AUGAAUACUCGCACGAAUUUGACUACACAUCCUAUUAAUUUGGAGAUACCAUUUUUGACAAAUAAUUCAAUUGUAGAAGAAUCGCUCGGAGAAGAUAAAUUUGCGCCAACUACGAUUAUUGAAACCGAAAAAGAGCUCUCUAAAACUUCUAUAGAAAAAUCAUUUUAUUCUGUUUGUCCCGAGAUCUUAAGCACACAUAUAGCGUUGAGAUGUCCUGGUCUAGACGUCGCUAUGGAUCCAUUUUGUGGAGCUGGUGGGAACGUCAUCCAAUUGGCCAAGAGAUACACACGAGUAAUCGCUGUGGAUAUCGAUGCUAAAAAAUUAGAAUUCGCCGAAAGAAACGCAGAGAUUUAUGGAGUCAGAGACAAAGUUACAUUUAUACAGGGAGAUUUCUUCGGUAUUGCAGAAACGUUAAAAAAAUAUAAGCCACGGGUCAUAUUGACGUCUCCCCCAUGGGGCGGCCCUUCGUAUAAGAAACAUGAAGUUUACAGUCUCGAGAAAAAUAUGUGUAACGAGUACAAAGGAGGCGGUAAAAAACUCUUCGACCUGCUGAGAAGUAUUGUUCCCAACGUAGCACAUACCUAA